UUUUUGAACGACUAGUGCAAGGUUCCAGUGAAAGGCUUGGGGGUGAAGAUGGCAAAACGACCAGAUUGUGAUCGCGUUUGCUCUCAUUUCUCCACAUAUUUCGCACGUCAGUGAAGAACAUCUGCCCUCUGAGCAGAAGGAGUGGAGUGCCAGGAUGGAGCAGGAGGAGCCAGGACUCCCAUGCGUUAAAGUGGAAAAGGAAGAGCCACAGCCCCCCCAUAUUAAAGAGGAAAAUGACGAGCCAGAGCAUCUUGAAGGCCUGGAGGAGUUCCUAGUGAUUGGUGUUGCCAAGAAGAGUGAAGAUGAAGAAGCUGAUGGAGGAUCACAAGCAGACAACAUCUUAGCUCCACUAUCAGAUAGUGACGAGACAAUGUCACACUGUCCUGAUGAUGAAGACUCUAUAGCUGACAUGACAUGUCACUCUGUCAACACACACUGUAAGUGCUCUCACUGCGACAAAACUUUUAAGUUCCAUAGUCAUUUGAAAAUGCACAUGAGAAGUCACACAAGAGAGAAACCAUUCUUGUGCUCAGUUUGCGGUAAAAGAUUCUCGCAGAAGACACAUUGGCAAGAACACACAAGAAUACACACUGGGGAGAAACCUUUUGUCUGCUCAGUGUGUGAUAAAAGAUUCACUCAUCGGUCUACUUGGAUGAGACACACAGGAACGCACACGGGAGGAAAAACGCAUGCCUGCUCAGUCUGUAGUAAAUAUUUCUCUCAAAAGUCACUUUUGAAAAAACACUCAAACAUACACACUGCAGAGAAACCCUUUUCCUGCUCAGUUUGUGGGAAGGGAUUCUUUAACAAGUCACACAUGGAAGAACACACAAGGACACACACUGGAGAGAAGCCUUUUUCCUGCUCAGUUUGUCGCCAAAUGUUCGCUCAAAAGUCGUCUUUGAGAAUGCACACCAGAACACACACUGGGGAGAAACCUUUUGCCUGUUGUGUGCGAUAAUCGAUUCAGUCAA